GCGUAUUAAAAAAAAAUCCUCCAGAACUGGUCACGUGAGCUAAACCGUCGUUUGUCACAAGACAAACCAAUAUGGCCGCUUACAUUUGCGUUUGUUAUCCUUAGCUGACAAUAUCUGCUUACUUUAAUGGGCGUUUACGCUCAACUUUAUAUUAAGAAAGAACAUUUAAUGAACUUAUUAAGUGUUUCGUCAAAAUACAAGCUUGGGAAACGUUUUUAUUUAUUUAGCGGUACCGAUCAAAGUAACUUGUGGGCCAGAGUUAGCUGGACAGCAUCAUGGCAUCUUCAUUUGUUGUCGGGGAUAAAUUCAAACACAAGGUGACAGAAUUAUUGUCAAACAAAGACUUAUCUCUGCCUCGAGCACUGAAGGAGGAACUGGAGGAGCUUCUAGAAAAACCCCAACCAACAGUCUUGUCCUUCAGCACAGCCAGAAAACUUCAACAAUACAUUCGAGACAAAGAGCAUCCUUUGUACCUGCACGAGCUCCUGGAGGACAGCUGUCUGCACCUUCCUGAGGUUGUGAAGCCUCCCAGGAAUCUAGAGUUAGUUGCACGUCUGGAGAAGAUCAAAUCAAAGCUUGCCAAUGAGGAAUACAACAGGAUGACACGGAAUGUCAACUCUCAGGAAAUCAACAGAAAUGGGACUCUAGCAGAUUUUGGCAGACAAGUGCGGUCGGUUAAAGCCGUGCUGGUGACUGUUUUCAACUUCCUGGUGACUGUAGUUGCUGCCUUUGCCUGUUCCUACAUGGGCAGUCAGUACCUGUUCACUGAAACUACAGCGCGAGUGAUUUCUGCCGUGAUUGCUGCGUCUGUGGUCGGCCUCGCUGAGCUUUAUGUUCUGGUCCGGACCAUGGAGGGAGAACUGGGAGAACCAUAGCGCCUUUACUCAAGAAUAAUGUUGUUUUUUCUUCUUCUUCUUCUUCUUCUUUCUGGGAAAUAGAUGUGACUUUGAGUCAGGUUAAUUCCAAACUGAAUAAACUUUUGGAGAAAUGGACAUUCCACAAAACAGCUAAAAAUGUUUAUUUAUUUCAUGUUACUUUUCCCCGUAAUUUCUCCUUGGAAGUGUCUGUUAGUGAAUGUUGCUUUUCCCUCUGUAAUAAAUAUAAUUGUUGUUCAGAGUUUUUCCUUCCAACUAGAAUCACUACCACGUAAAUUCAGGAAAUCUGGCAGUUCUCUUGUCAGCACAAUGUUGGAGUGAGAUUUUACAUCUAAGUAAGAUUUUACUGUUUAAAUAAAGGACAAAUAAAUAAAAUUACUAAUG